UAGCUAGUACCCUCAGUUACGCAAGCGUCGUCCGUUGCAUUCGUACAACUUGUCCAAAAUGAAGUCCUUGAUCUGUCUGUUCGCAAUCGGUGCCUUGGUUGCUGCUGUUAGCUGUGCUCCUGUGCAGGAGGGUGAAGCUCGUGUCAGUCGCCAAGUUUCGGGAUCGGCGGCCAAUGCUGGUGCUCAAUCGUUUAACCAGGGCUUUGGUUUCCCGGUCCACGGGUUCGGUGGCGCUUCUGGAUCGGCCGCUUCGGCCGGUAGUCAAUCGUUCACGCAAGGCCACGGAGGUCACGGAUUCGGUGGAUUGUCUGGAUCAGCGGCCAGUGCUGGAGCUCAGUCGUUCUCGCAGGGUGGCGUCGGUCAUGGAUUCCCCGGUUUCGGAGCAGCCACCGGAUCAGCCGCCAAUGCCGGUUCUCAGUCUUUCGGAGGAUAAGCUCCUGCGUGUGCCGUACGAUAUGACUAAGUAUUACCUUGGAAGGAUUAUGCCUUUCGAUGCUCUCGGUUUUUGGCCUUUUCAUCAGGAUUUUACUUCAACACCCCAUAACCAGUCUUACAAGUUAAGCUUCCGAACCGGCCAGUACACGGUGCCAAGGUGAAAUAAAUCAAAAUAUGUAACAAGAAAAUUACACAGCACCGAGCAAUUACCAACGGAACCGAAAGAAGGAUGACAUUAAAUUCGAUCUGCGUGGCACUUUUGUAAUGUCGAAUUUCAUGAAUAUGCAACAGUCAGUCUUGCGUCGCCACAUGGACUGCAGUUUCGUGAUUGUAGCAUCAUUAAAAUCCAAUAAAGGGAUGACCUCGC